AUGGAUUUCUCGCUAAACGAACAGCUCGAAAGACUCCAAGAGAUACUGAUUGCUACAAGAUCAAAAUCCUUUUGGCAGUCUUUGCCUAUCAUAGAUGAGACGAAGGACGAGGAUGUGGUCGACAUCCAGGACAACGACUUGCCGGGUUUGAGACAUUUGAGAAUGUCAAUUCAGAAGGAAAUCGAAACUAUCGAGACACACCUCAACCUAGAUGCGGACAAACCGCUAUCUACCAACUCCCCUUAUUAUUUAUCCCUAUGGGAUGAAAUUUUGUCCGCACGCCGUCCAAUACUGGCGUUAUGGAAGACUUUUGACACCGCAAGUGUUGAUGAUCCGGUGAACGGCAAGCAUUCUACGAGCACGAAAGUCAAAGUGGACAUCAUAGCAAACAACGGCCAUGACUGGAUUCGAGUCAACACGACGAAAGAAUCUCGAUUAUCAGCGGAAUUUCGAGGAAUCGAAGCUUUUGGGUACGAAUCAUCUGAUGAGGAAAACGAAGGUGCACAUGAAAGUAGGAGUACUUCAACCAAGGAAAAAGGAGGAACAUGCACGACAGACUGGACUUACACCAUCGAUCUAUCUGCGUCUGACUCGUCUAACCUCUGCCUCAGGGGCGGAGAUCUUUCUCCCGCCCCCACGCCACAAUUUGACCUACCCAAUAACAUUAAUCUGGACCUCUCAUUGCUUAUUGCGCUUGUAACCGAUAUAACUCAUGCAGUGCUUCCUACUACACCUGAAGAUUCUUAUAAACGAUUUCAACCUCAAACCGACCGUUCAUGGAAAAGACGCUUCGAAAAGGAUCCUCUCAGUACACAGGAUGCUGACGAGCACUGUCGAGCCUUGGCUGAACAGACCAUUGAUGAGAUGAAUCGUGGUCUUAUUGAAAGAAUACACGGACGAAUAGCUAAUCUGGCACAUGUUCAAUUCUGGACCACGGCCGAGGCAAAGGAACGGUUCCUAGCGAUCAUAGACAAGAUAGGAGGGGCGGAUGAAGUGACCAGAGCCCAUGCGCUCUUUUCCACCAACCCCAAUGCCUCUGAAGACUUUUGGAGGAACUCUCGUAUACAGCCGGGAGGUCGCCCUCCUUUCAUCCCCAUCAACAUUUUUCCCUCUGAAAAACCUGAUAUAUCUAUAUCACCACAUAUACAAGACAAAACCUUCAACCAAAUGUUAAUAACCACGUGUAUAACAAUCCUUUCCCGCCCCGUUCGACCAGAUGCCAAAAACGAUGACCCAAACAAGAAGCUACCCGCGCCCACAAGAUUUGCUGCGCGACUUUCUGCGCACACAAUACAGUCUCUCCUUUGGGGCGCAUCUCAGAAAAUGGUUACGCUAACCUCAAAUAAAACGAGCGUACGCUUGGUGCUGCGCGAAAUGCGAGGAUUUGCAUUACCUUCCGCUGUAAAUGAUGCACAUGAGAGUGUAGAUUCAGUCGAAGACUCGGAAGGAUGGUCUUUAUGGGUUAUGGAACCGCGCUCGUUGGCAGCUGUGAUGCGCAGUGACUUGAGGCCCCCUGAUUUCCGUGGCUCAUACUCUCUGACACGCGUAAUAUUUGGCUGCGGCUUAGUUCCAAGUGGAAGUACCAACUUGCACCCAACCUUCACCGAACGCGAUACCCCUAACGACAUAGACAAGGCUGAAGCGGAGCUUAUGUUAAAUAUCAAAAAAGCCACAAGCCCAGAAGAGACGGCACCAAAACAGAAACACGUCCGAAAAUGUAUCGUGUAUACAUGGGACUAUCAUACCUCUGCUUCCAUCUGGACCGGCUUGAAGGUUCAACCGAUUCUAGCAGACGAAGUUCAAACAUUCAAGGCGCUCAUCACUGUACACAAGGUCCUGCAAGAGGGCUAUCCUGCAACGUUGAAAGAUGCGCAGCAACAAGUUGGAUGGUUCGAAACCUGCGCUAGGACAGUCGCCAAUGACGGCUAUGGGCAGCUUAUCAGGGCAUACGUUGCCUUCAUUCUCUCGAAAUUACGUUUCCACCGCCACCGUCCCGAGUUCAACGGAUUGUUCGAGUAUGAGGAGUACAUCAGUUUGAAAGGCAUCGACAAUCCUGAUGAAGGAUAUGGAACUAUCUCCGAUCUCAUGGACCUGCAAGACCAGAUUGAGCAACUCCAAAAACUCAUUUUCGCUCAUUUCAGGCAUUCCGCUAAUAACGAAUGCCGCAUCUCAGCAUUGGUUCCUUUGGUCAAAGAAAGUUACAAUAUCUAUCGAUUUAUUACGAGCAUGCUGCGGGCUAUGCACAGACGUACUAGUGAUCAUGAAGCACUCGAACCCUUGAGGUCUCGAUACAAUUCACAACAUCACGCUUUACGCAAAUUUUACUUCGAAUGUUCCAACCUCAAAUAUCUCACUGGUUUAAUCAACGUUCCAAAACUAGGCCAAGAGCCGCCAAGCUUGCUCGAUAAUGGCCAAACUCCAGAUCUCCCCAAGCGGCCAACAGAAAAAACCAAGUCACCCACACCUCCCCCGACCGCCCCAUCCCCUGAUGCAGCCAUGAUCCGGGAACAAGCCGCUAUGCUUAAGGAGUAUGAAGACAAGCAAAAGGCUCUCGAGGCUCAGCGUCUGGCUGACGAACAAAGAAGACGCGAAGCCGAGAUGCAGCAACAGCGCGAAAUCGAAGAGAUGCAAAGGCAACAAGCAGAGAGGGAGCGUAUCGCUCAAGAGAUGCUGAGGGCGCAGCAAGUCCAACAAAUCAAUGACCAAGCAACUCAACAUCUCUUGCUCGACGAUAUCGCCAAUGUCUAC